AAUGGAGUGAGAUACAGUGUGAAGCUCACCAGAACGGCGAAUACUAACUUACCCAUAAUUUAAAUUUGAAAACUUGCAUCAGAGUUGAAACGAAACCCAACCCAAACCAACAAAUCAGUUUGGGUUAGUUUUUGAGUUUCAUUCACUCCUGAGUCCUGUCUAUUGUUCUUCUCCAAUGGGGGCUCCUGCCCUCGCCUUCCUUCCUGUCUUCUUCGCUAGCUUUGUUUUUCUCUUCUCAUCCCUUUCUUUCUCAGCUGCUCUAAUCACCAACAAUGACACCGAGGCUCUCUUCAGAUUCCGCACCGAAGCCGACGCCCACGGCAACCUUCUUAGCAACUGGACAUCCAGCGACGCCUGCACGUCCUUAUGGCACGGUGUCCGCUGCAGUGCAGCAGGCAGAGUCGUCUCCCUCUCCCUCCCAUUCUUAGACCUCCGAGGCCCCAUCGACUCCCUCUCUUCUCUUGACCAACUCCGCCUCCUCGAUCUCCACGGCAACCGUCUCAACGGUUCCAUUCUCUCCAUCACCAAUUGCUCCAACCUCAAGCUCCUGUACCUCUCCAACAAUGACUUCUCUGGCGAAAUCCCCGCCGACAUUGCGUCCCUAAAGCGUCUCCUGAGACUCGACCUUUCCGACAACAAUCUCCGCGGGCCCAUUCCUGCUUCCAUCUCCAACCUCACCCGUCUCCUCACUCUGCGUCUCCAAAACAAUCUCUUCUCUGGCCAACUCCCUGAUCUCUCCUUUUCUCUUCCCUUGCUCAAGGAGCUUAAUGUAUCAAACAACGAGUUGUUUGGUAGACUUCCGAUUGGGUUACAGAGAAAAUUUGGUUUGCGAAGCUUUGCAGGCAAUGCAGGGCUAUGUGGGUCUAGCCCAUUACCUGUUUGCUCCUUCACAGAUGCUUCUCCUCCGGCUUCAGCGUCAUCGUCGCCGGAUCAGACGGUGGUGCCCUCGAACCCCAGCUCCAUGCCUACAACUAUCUUGACCGAUCCGACAAGAAAGGAAGAACCGCGGAAGGGGCUCAGAACAGGCGCCGUUGUUGGGAUUGUGGUGGCGAUUUGCGUGGUUGUACUAGUCAUUGUGUCCUUUGUAGUCGCUCAUUGCUGCAAGAGAUGCCCUGGAGAUAACAAUUCAAGCUCCAAAGCGGGUAGUGACUACUCGAGGAGCAAGAAGAGCUUCACGGGUGAAAAGAAGGUUUAUGCCAACAAUGGUGGUAGUGGUGGUGGUGGAGAUAGUGAUGAAACAACGGCGACCGAUCGGAGUAAGUUGGUGUUUUUUGACAGGAGAAAACAGUUUGAGCUGGAGGAUCUGCUCAGGGCCUCUGCGGAGAUGUUGGGGAAAGGAAGCUUGGGGACUGUAUACAAGGCUGUGCUAGAAGAUGGGUGCACAGCGGCUGUGAAGAGGCUCAAAGACGCCAACCCUUGUGCUAAGAAGGAGUUUGAGCAGUACAUGGAUUUGAUUGGAAAACUCAAACACCUCAAUAUUGUUCGUCUCAGAGCAUACUACUAUGCCAAGGAGGAGAAGCUUCUCGUCUACGACUAUCUCCCCAAUGGGAGCUUGCAUUAUCUUCUCCAUGGAAAUCGAGGCCCGGGAAGAAUUCCACUGGACUGGACGACGAGAAUCAGCUUGGUAUUAGGAGCUGCUCGUGGGCUCGCUCGAAUUCAUGAGGAAUACAAUGUGUCUAAGAUUCCCCACGGGAAUGUGAAAUCGUCGAACGUGCUCUUGGACAAGAACGGCGUGGCUUGCAUCUCUGAUUUUGGGUUGUCGCUGCUUCUGAAUCCAGUACAUGCCACGGCGAGAUUGGGAGGUUACAGGGCUCCAGAGCAGGCAGAGACGAAGAGACUCUCUCAGAAGGCCGAUGUGUACAGUUUCGGAGUGUUGUUGUUAGAGGUGCUGACUGGUAGAGCUCCAACUCAGUAUCCAUCGCCGACUCGUCCAAGAGGGGAGGAAGAAGACCAAGGUUUGGAUCUGCCGACAUGGGUGAGAUCUGUUGUGAGGGAUGAGUGGACGGCAGAGGUGUUUGAUCCAGAGCUGCUGAGGUACAAGAACAUCGAGGAGGAGAUGGUGGCCAUGCUUCAAGUGGCAAUGGCCUGCGUGGUGCCGCAACCAGAGAAGAGGCCUACAAUGACUGAGGUGGCUAAGAUGAUAGAGGAUAUCGGGGUGGAGCAGUCUCCACUGGGAGAUGAUUUGGACGAAUCCCGCAAUUCCCUAUCGCCUUCACUUGCCACCACUGAAGACGCCAUGGCCGCCUACUGAGUUCUGAUUUCUCAUCCCUCAGCUGGGCUUUACUCGCCGGAGUUUAUUACUGCUGCAGAAUCUCACUGUUCCUUAGAUUCCCUUAUUUUAGAUUUAUGGGUUCUUUUAGUUUUUAUUUGAUGAUGUAUUUCUCUAUGUAUGAAUGUGUUAUUUUCUUUAACUGUAAUCCUACUCUUAUUGGUU